GGCGGAAGCGGGUCCGGCCUCGCUCCCCUCAGCGCCAUGGCGGCGGCGGCGGGGCUGGAGCCAGCCCUGCGGGAGGCCGUGGCGGCGCUGGAGCGGGGCGCGGCGGGGGCCGCGGAGGCGCUGGGCGCGCUGCGGACCGCUCUGGCGGCGGCGGGGGGCUCGGCCGCCCUCGGCGAGAGGGAGCGGACGCUCUUCGGCGCCCUCCUGCGCAGCCUGGCCCGGGCGCCCCGCGCGGCGCGGCCCGAGGGCGAGUGGCAGCGCUGCUUCCUGGAGGGGCCGCCCGGCCUCGGGCUCUGCGUGCUGCUGGAAGCCCUCGCGUCCCCGGGCCGCAGCUUUCAUCCGAGCGAGGCCGCCGAGGUGCUGGAGCAGUUCCUGCAGGAGGGGCGGCUCUCGGCUCUGAUGUGGGACGUGUGUCAGCAGCAGGCGCAGGCUGGCUCGCCCGAGCUGCAGGAGGCCCUGCUCAGUAAGGUCGUGUGUUUGCCUGAUCAUGUGAGCAACACACUCCAGGGGAAAAACCCACCAGUGUUCUUCCCACAGAACUACUUUCCUCUCUUGGGUGGUGCGAUCAUCCAGGUGCUGCAGAACAUCUCUGAUUCCCUAAGAGGUGGCUUGGAUUGCUCAAUCUCUUUUGUUUCUCAUGUCCUCGGGAAGGUGUGUGUUCAUGGGAGACAAAAAGAAAUUCUGGGUGUUUUGGUACCCCGCCUGAUGGAUCUCACCAAGUCAGACUGUAUCUGGCAAAGAAUAUGCUGGCGACUGGUUGAAUGUGUGCCAGACCGCUGGAUGGAAGCCGUGGUCCUUGGCUUUGUGCAGAGAACCCCUGGGGCAGAUGUCUUGUCUAGGUUGCUGGGGAACCUGGUUUUGAAAAACAAGAAAGCUCAGUUUGUGGUGACACAGAAGCUGCUGCUCUUGCAGUAUUGCCACACGACUGCAGUACUGCAGAACCUCCUUGGCUACCUGGCCCUGGAUGGCCUUCGGCGUCCCUUACUGAUCAAGGUGCUGCAAGAACUGUUGGAGACCUGGGGCAGCAGCAGCGCUGUGAAACACUCUCCGCCGGAGCAGCAGCAGUAUAUUAGCAAGGCCAUCCUCAUCUGCCUCUCCCACCUGAAGGAGCCCGAAAUCGAGAGCUGCAGACAAGAGCUUCUCACAAGCAUGAUGGAGGGUGUGAAAUGCCACUUGGACAGCAGCCUGCCACAAAUACGGCGUCUGGGAAUGAUCGUAGCAGAGAGCAUUAGUUCAAAAAUAAACACUGAUGGGCCUGUCCUGAAGUUUCAGUAUGAGGAAGAUGAUGAAGCAAGAGAACUGAAGUCCCUUCUGGUGCAGACUCCACCAUUCUGUGUUGUCCCCAGCCUUCCAGAUGAUGACAGGGAUGAGAAAGCAGAUGCUGCGCUGCCGUUGGUAUUGGAAAGUGACAAGAAAUCACAUACAGCGGCCCCUGUAACGCCACAGGAGUCGUCAGAUGCUGAGCUUGACAGUGAUGAUGACCUCAUCCCUUACGACAUGUCAGAAGAUAGAGAACUAAAGACUAAGGCUCCUGUGUAUAUCCGAGACUGUAUUGAAGUCCUGACAGGAUCUGAAGACAUGGACAAAUGGGAAGCUACAGUCAAGGCCCUUGAGAGCUUGGUUCGAAAGAAUCCAGCAGCAACAAGAGAGGUUAGCGUGGAGCUGGCAAAAAUACUAUUGCAUCUGGAGGAGAAGACCUGCAUUGAAGGCUUUGUGGAGCUCCGUCAGAGAGCUCAAGUAGCUGUUUUAACAACAGAUCCAAUACCUGUAGCAAAGUACUUGACCUCCCAGUUCUACUCUCUGAACUACAGUCUUCGUCAGCGCAUGGACAUUCUCGACGUAUUGGUUUUGGCAGCUCGGGAACUGUCCUAUCCCAAAUCCCAUGGGAAGACCAAGCAUUCUGGUGCCCAAAAACCUUGUAUCCAACUUCUUCCUGGAAGUGACAGCUCCAAGGACUGGAGGAAAAUUGUUGAUGAGAGGAUCAAAAGCAAGACUCGGAGAUUUGCUAUGGGUCCAUCUCAAGGGGAACCGGCUUCCAGCCCGAAUGAGUUCAGUUCUGUUGCUGGGCACUUCUUUUUCCCAUUGAUUCAGCACUUUGACAGGCCUUUGACAACAUUUGAUCUCCUGGGGGAAGAUCACUUUGUCCUUGGAAGACUGGUCCACACGUUAGCAGUCCUGAUGUACUUGGCUGUCAACACUGUGGCAGUUACUGCGAUGGGAAAGGCACUGCUGGAAUUCGUUUGGGCUCUGCGUUUCCACACUGACUCGUAUGUGCGCCAGGGUCUCUUGUCCUGCAUCUCCUCCCUGCUCCUCAGUGUCCCUGCACAGCACCUUCUGGAAGACAUGACAGAAGAGCUUUUGGAGACUCAGUCCUGGCUGGGAGAUGUGGUGGAGAAAGAUCCAGACGGGGACUGCAGGAGGCUGGCCCUGCAGAACUUGCUACUAAUGGAGAACCUGAAAAAGAAACUCGAACCUGUCCCAUCUUAGCUGAAGGGUGAAAGAAAUGACCUUUACCUCACACUCUUGCCAGCUGGAUGUGUCGGCACCGCUGGGGCCUCCUCAGCGGUCACCUGGCUGGAGAAGAGGAAGCAGGGGGAGGGCGCAGAGCUGUGAGCCAGCGAACCUGACUUGACAUCUGGACUUUGUAGUGGCGGCCAACUGAGUGAGCUAUGGCUAUCCGGUACGGGGUGUACAGAUGCAGGAAGGUAGGCGAGCGCUGCCGUCCUCCCCACACCUCCCCAGCCCCCACCCCCGGCUAUUUAUAACCUUGGCAGAUUUGAGCGCUCUGCUAAAAAUACAGGGAAGAUCUCACAGCAGACUUCUUGUCAGAAAAACAGGAGGGCUGGAGAGGGCCACUUACCUCCCAGGGCUGCCUCGAGGACGUGCCCGUGACAAAGGUGCCCGUGUCAGUGGUGGAAUAGUCCUUGGGCUGCUGGUGGAAAGGGCGGCAUGGGGUAGGGAAUGACACCACUGAUGGGAUGUAAGAACCGAACCGCUACACUGACUUUCUGAAAAUGUGACAAACCUCACUGAGCUAAAGCUGUGCUGCAGUCAGGAGGGGACAAAGCAGAAAUCCUUUUUGUACAGUCUUAAAAUCAGCCUUAAAAUCUACCCCCCACUUCUUCCCUGAAAGCAUACAAUUUUAAAACUGUGUGUUCACCUCAAGUUUUGAAGCCGUUCACAAAAUAGGAAAAAAAAAUAAAAUCACUGUAAGCAGAAGGGCUGGUUGGUCUGAAAGGUAUGAGAGUGACUUCAUAAAUACACCGUUGUGAGGCAGGGUCAGACUUAAAGGUGAGCAAAAGGCCUGAAGUUACAAUACACAGUUCUUGUUGGGUGUUUUUCCCCCUCAAAUUUAUUAAAAUACUAAAACCACCUUAAUAACAGGAUAUACAUGUGAAUUUUUGUAUGUAGUGUUUAACAUAAUACAUUAUCUUCAGUACUGUUGCUUGUAGUCAAGCAGAAAAAAUAAAUUUCUUGGUCAUAACCAAAAA